AGUACGUGAUCAGGACUACGCUAACGUGGUACGGGAAAACAACAAGCGGAGGUUUCUCGUUUAUGUUUUUCCAGCUUAGAGGCAUCAUCAUCGAGCUGUGACAUGGCAGAUGAUUUCGGCUGUUUUCGGCUGGUGUGGACCGGUCUUGUGCUAGUGAUGAUUAAAACGGCAAUGAUAAGUGAUUGCGGCACGUGCCAAGAUGAUUUUUACUUUCGAAAGUGGCCAGUGAGUCCUCAGGGAAUCAUCCGGACAGGACAGAGCGUCGAAUUGGAAUGCCGCGUGUCCGCCGAGGACCGGAUCAGCAUCAGUUGGACUUUGAAUGGUGAACAACUAAUCAAUUCGAGCCGGCGCUACCAGAAUGCUACAACAGGCGAUUUGACCAUCCGCCGGGCGGAUCAUCGUUUUGACUCUGGCGAUUUCGCUUGCACAGCCACUAACGUCUCGUCCGGCUUCUCCAUCGCAUCGCAGCCGGCCACGUUAAUGAUUCACUGGAUCGGUCAUUCGACCAGAAUCAACUUGGAGUCUUUAACGACUGGUCGGCACAUUGUAGAAGACGAACUAUCUGGUCUGGCGCAAGUCGACACAGGCGAAGAUGUUGCCCUCUACUGCCAUGCCGAAGGAUCGGGCGAGUUGCAGUACGACUGGUUCCACAACGGCCGCAAAAUACCUAAAAAUAAAACGAAAAAACUUUCGUUGCAUUCCUUUUCGGCUUCGGAGAGCGGGACGUACACCUGCUCAGCUAAGAAUGGAGCUGGGCAUUCAAAAUCGAACGUUCCUUCCAUCUUGACUACCGUCAAAAGCCAAUUGGUACGCUUUACCAAAGACACUGUGGCCACGGUCGAUAGCACCGUCCGGCUUCCAUGCGCCUUUCAACCUCCAGCUAAUCCAGUCGAAUGGCUCUUUCGCGGCAGUCUCCUUGGCCAAACAUCACAGCAUACCGUUGAAAGUGAUGGUCAGCUGGUCAUCUCCAAAAUCAACCAACAGAGCGAAGGUUGGUAUCAUUGCCGUAAAAGCGAUGGAAGCACUGUUGAAGAAUACGGUUCACAUCUAAAAGUUGCUUUCCUCCAUGAUUUUGCCAAAACGGCCAUUGACCCACCACCACCGUUGUCCAAUGGACAUCAUUAUUAUUUCGCCGAGUACUCGACAGCUGAGUUAUCUUGCACCGCACCCGAUGGGCUACCGUCUCCCACCAUCUGGUGGGAAGGACCUUCCGGUCAGGUGUUAACCCCUCCAUCAGAGAAGACGGAUUCAGUGCUGCUCCUAACUCGCGUUCUGCAAGAGGAUGCUGGAACGUACAGAUGUCGAGCCGGAAACAUCGUGCGGAAUGUAUCCAUCCACGUUAACCUGGUGGUGACCUCUCCGCCGACGAUCCAGCAACAUCCUGUGAGCGCCUCCGUUAACGAAGAUGAAACGGUGUCGAUGAGCUGCGCAUUCUCAGGAUCACCCGCACCGGCUACUAUCGUUCAGUGGCUGAAAAAUGGACAACCACUAACCGAUCCACCAAAACCAGUCCAUGGUCUUCGUAAUUCAACUUUAAAUUUUGUUGCAGCUUCCAAAAGGCAUGUUGGCAAUUACGCCUGUCGGUUGAGAACCAUCGGUCACCUUCCAGUUGAUUCACAAACUGCUACUUUACACGUCCGAGAAAAGUUAAAGUUUACGGUGCCACCUGUGGCCAAGAGUUUAGAGCUGGGCACUGUCCGUAAGGUUUUGUGUAAAGCUCAAGGCAGCCCAGCUCCCAUUGUGCGGUGGGUUAAAGAAGAUUUGAAACCGUUGCUUACCUGGCCGCCGCACAUCGAAGACAUUAAUGGAACGCUCAUCUUUCAUGGAGUACAAGAUGACGAUGCCGGACAGUACACCUGUAUUGCCACUAAUUCGCAAGGCUUUAUAAGCGCUUCCGUCUUAAUCAACGUGACAAUGUCGCCGCAUUUUACGUCUCUGCCCAACAACGUCACGUUCUACAAGGAAGGUCAAAAAGUUGAGUUACAUUGCAGAGCAAAUGGUCAUCCUUUUCCUACGAUCCAAUGGGACAAGGAUUCGGUCAUGAAUGGAUUCACAUCUGAUCGGUUUUCUGUUAACCGUAAUGGUACCUUAAUUAUCGAAAAUGUCCAGCAAGCCGAUCAGGGAUUUUACGGAUGCACGGCUGGCAAUGCAGGCGGAUUCAAAAGGGCAGAAUUCCGAUUGGUGGUUCAAGACUGGGAAUACCAAUACGGUGAUUACGAAGGGGCUGAAUCCAUUACGAAGACCAUAAUCAUCACUUUAGGAGCAGCAGCCGCCUACAUUUUUCUUUCCGUCGGUUUGCUAAUUUGGUGCCGUUUGAAACGACGGCAACGGAAACUGCAAUCACCAAACGAUGGCGGCAACGCUGAAGCUCAAGUCGCUGAUGUACAAACGGCCUUAUUGACUAAGGAAGACCAAGGUGAAAAUGGACGCCAAUCUCCAGCUAUUGACAAGUUGAACGUUCCCAGCUCCGCCAUCACUAAAGGGGCAUUACAAGGCAAAGGAAGGUUUGGAGACAUUCUUGAAGGCUUAGUUACGGGUCUCAAUGAUUCAGAGGGCACCACUCGUGUUCUUCUCAGGAUAUUAGCCACUCGCGAUGAGGAUCUGAUUGUAGAAUUCCGCCGGCAGGUAGACAUGCUGCAUCGAGUCCGUCACGCCAAUCUAGUGGCCGUUUUGGGCUGUUGCCGUGAUUCUGCUGACGUUCAAAUGAUUUUGAUGGAAUACCACCAGCUUUUUAACUUAAAAUCGCAUUUGCUGUCGACUUCAUCUUCUCAACCGUGGUCCCUAGCCCAGAUUCAAAGCGCCACAUUACAAAUUGCUACGGGAAUGAACGCACUGGCACAAAAGCGUUUCGUUCACCGUGAUCUCGGUACGCGCAACAUUUUGGUUGGAUUCCACGGCAAAGAUAAUCAGCGGAUCUCUUUGAAAAUCGGCAGCUUCGGCAUGGACAAAGAGCCGUUCAACAAAGAUUACUUUGUUUUCAAGCAUCAGCCCAUCGCUCUGCGGUGGCUUCCGCACGAGGCGGUGCUGGAAGAUGAAUAUUCAACCAAGUCUGAUGUGUGGAUGUUUGCCGUCACUAUAUGGGAGUUGUACAACGCAGCGCAACAACCCCUUUCAGGUCACUCAGAUGAUGUCGUACUGGCCGAAUUGAAGAAAAAGGGCACUCUGUGGGAUGCUUCCUUCUGCAAAUCGAACGCCAUGUCCAGUUUGCUCAUCAAGUGCUGGUCACACGACCCUCUUCUCAGGCCGUCUUUUGACGAAUUAGUGCAUUGCGCCGAAUCGGCCGCAGUGCCAACAAGCAGCGGCGAAUCAAAAACUCGCUGAAAGUCGACUUAGUUGCGUAAGUCUGUCUCAAUGGUCGCACUAAAAUUUAAACUUUGUAAAUAGCGUAUUAAUCUCACCACCGAAUUAUAUUUUGUAACACCUCCUUGUCGAUUUCGUUUUGCUAAACCUUAUUCUUCUGUUCCUCUCAGCAGCUAUUCGAUUUUACGGUUCGUAUUUGUAUACCCGAUGAUCGCGUAACACGUUGUUUCGCUCCACUGCUGAUUGUUCUUCCUUCCUUAAAUGCAACAUGUUCAGGUCAUUUGACAUUUCAGUUUGCCUCAUAUUUAGUUUUAUCUUUCAAAAGAAAAGAGAAAACAAAAAUCUUACUCAGCUGAAUGUCAUUAGUCAUUUUGACCACGAUGAAUUCCUGGUUUUACAUCCCUUUCAGAUGUCCGGCUGAAAUAAAAGAUGUAGCGUUUUUUUUUUAAAUAGAAACCGUGGAUUCCUA